AUUCCUUCUACAGUAGGUGGCAGAAAAGCGCCUUGCGACAUUCAGUCUGCUUUAAAACCCUCAAAAGAAGAGAAAAACAGAGUUGAGCAGACAUCCGCAGAGAUAGAAGCGUUUUGAAAAAAUAUGGGCCGCUCCUCCAAAGACAAACGCGAUAUUUACUACAGAUUGGCUAAGGAGGAAGGCUGGAGGGCGAGAAGUGCCUUCAAACUGCUCCAGCUGGACGAAGAAUUCAAUCUCUUUAAAGGUGUAAGUCGUGCAGUGGACUUGUGUGCCGCUCCUGGCAGUUGGAGCCAGGUUCUGAGUCGCAAACUCCGAGGAAAGGAGUCAAGUGAAGAUGUGAAGAUUGUAGCUGUGGAUCUGCAGGCAAUGGCUCCUUUGCCAGGAGUCACUCAGAUUCAGGGUGACAUUACUAAGAUUUCCACCGCUCAAGAGAUUAUCAGGCAUUUUGAGGGACAGUCUGCAGACCUUGUGGUGUGUGAUGGAGCUCCUGAUGUUACGGGACUGCAUGAUGUCGAUGAGUACAUUCAAGCACAACUCUUAUUAGCAGCUCUUAAUAUCACAACCCAUGUUCUGAAGCCAGGGGGGAACUUUGUAGCAAAGAUAUUUCGAGGAAAGGAUGUGACUCUGCUUUACUCUCAGCUUAAAAUCUUCUUCACCUCAGUCACCUGUGCCAAACCACGGAGCAGUCGCAACUCCAGUAUAGAGGCAUUUGUAGUGUGCCAGAAUUACUCUCCACCUGAAGGAUAUGUCCCUAACAUGUCCAACCCGUUACUGGAUCACUCUUAUGAUGUGGAUUUUAACCAGCUAGAGGGGCCAAACAGGAUAAUAGUUCCAUUCCUGGCAUGUGGAGACUUAAGUGCUUUUGACUCAGACAGGACCUACCCACUUCAGCUCGAUUCUAAUAAGGAGUAUCAGUAUCUGCCACCCACCCAGCCUCCCAUACGGCCACCUUAUCAGCAAGCCUGUCAUCUACGCAAAAAUAACUUGCUGGCCACAGAAGAUUCUCCAUCUGUCUUGCUAGAUGAUUCUCUUUCUGCCAUGAAGCUUGACACAAAUAAGGAAAAUGACAGAACAUCAAGAAAUAGUUGAAAAUUCCAAAACAUCACACUUUUUGUUUGUUUUUAAACUUCAAUGUGGCCCAAUUUUAUUGAAAAGUUGCUUUUAAUUAAUAAACACAAACAGACUAA